AUGGCACCUCUAUCACACCGUCACCAGCCGUCCUUAGAGGGCAUAAUUGACUUCUCUGAAGCCGCCCCCAGUUUCGAAAAUGUGCAGCAACGCGCCCAGGCUACUGACAGGUUCCACCGUAUCGUCGCGCACUUCGAGAACACUAAACAGCAGCUAGCUUCUUCUCGAUCCUGCGACGGGUACAAUCGCCCAGCCCUCAUUCGCCUUACAUUCGAAUAUGCGCACUCGCUAGAGUCGCAGGACAAGGUAGCUAGUCUUCGCACGCUGGUAUUUUCGUUUGCCGAUCACCUCAUUUACUACUUCUUCCUCCCUUUGCGGGCCUCCACGGGCAAAACCCCUCAGCCAACACCUACCUACCAUAUUGCGGGCCAGCAAGUCCAAACCCAGGAGGAGCAGCAGCGAAUGCAAGAGUUCGUGGGAACUCCUAAGCGUCUAGGGGCCUUACGGGGCCUCUGCCUUACCCGUGACCGCCACCGCUGCGUCAUCACGUGUGCCUUCGAUCAAGACGAACUCGCACAGCGGCUACGCCAAUCUCCUGCCAGAGACGACGAUGGAAAUGUGCUUAAUCCCCGUGACGGUUAUAGCCAUCUCGAGGUGGCACAAAUUCUCCCAUUCGGUCUAACGAAGGUGGAGGGGGGUGGUGAAUUGAGCGAGUCUAAGAAGGCUACCAUUGCCAUUCUUAAUACGUUUGACGUUGGUGUAAUCCAUCUUAUCGAAGGCAUCGAUAUCAACGCCAUUACUCUUUCCCUCGAGAUGCAUAAAUUUUCGGGAACUUCGAGAUCUUCUUCGAGCGCGUACAUUUCACCCCCCUUUUUUUUGUUAGCCCAGCUCCAAUUCCCUCUUCCCAGGACACUUUUCUCACACGCAUCUAUCGACACCCGGUUGGAACGACUUCCCGAACUUCACUCUGCCAUCGGCCACGUACUUCACCUUUCAGGCGCUGGCGACUAUAUCAAGGUGAUUCUCAGGGACAUGGAGGAUGGGGUGGUGCGGGAGGGCUGGUCGACGCAGCUCGGCGCUCUUGUGAACGCCGCCUUGCAGAUAAGUACGUAG